CCUUUCCCCUUCGUUAUUCCCCGUUUAAUCAUGCCCGGCGAGCUACUGAAGAAACGCAAAAUCGCUGUCCUUGGGUCCCGUUCAGUCGGGAAAUCAUCCCUUGUCGUCCAGUUCGUCGACAACCAAUUCGUCGACUCGUAUUACCCUACCAUCGAAAGCACCUAUACCAAGACCGUCAACUAUAAUGGCGUCGAGUACGAGUGCGACAUCAUCGACACCGCUGGCCAGGACGAGUACUCGAUAUUGAACUCCAAGCACGCGAUAGGCAUCCACGGAUUCGUCCUGGUCUACUCGGUCACCAACCGCAGCUCGUUGAACAUGAUCCAGAUCAUCUACGACAAGAUCAUCGACUUCUGCGGCCAAAAGGAGAUCCCGUGUGUCAUCGUCGGGUCCAAGACCGACCUUACUAGUAUACCGAGCAGACAGGUUGACGCGGACGGGGCGAAGAAGAUUGCGGACGCGAACCACGCGGCGUUCGUCGAAACCAGCGCGAAGAACAACGUCAACGUUGGCAAGGUUUUCCAGCUAUGUCUACAGGAAAUCGAGAAGCACUCACCCUCCAGCAAAGCGGAACCGCCAAAGACCCCCUGUGUUAUUAUGUGAUUCGCGCAUCCGCCAUGCUGUCUGCGGCUGCAAUCGGGCCUCACUGGGACGAUGCGACCUCUUCGUUGUGCUUCGGGUCUUCCAUCGACAAGUGGCUUGCGUUGUCACCUCAUACACUUGCCUCCAGGCUCAUUUUUCACUUUGCCCUAGAACAUUAUUCCGCCCAGUUCUUAGUUUGUAUUGUUUGUAAUCCUUAUUAGCCCCGUCUGUUGUUGGGCCUAGAGGCUACCUUCCGUAGUAAGCACUUCCCUGGGGGUUUCUAAUGAAACCAGUGGCAAUACAUCUCCUGACCGUU